AUGGCGGAUCAUGCCCUCAAUGUCGUUGCCCUGAUAUCGGGCGGCAAGGAUAGCUUCUUCUCUCUUCUCCACUGCCUGGUGAACGGGCAUAGAGUCGUAGCGUUGGCCAACCUUUGUCCGCCUCCCAGCGCCACCGACUUGAAUAGUUUCAUGUACCAGACCGUCGGCCAUCAGAUCAUACCCCUUUACGCGCAGGCCACGAGGCUGCCCCUCUUCCGCCAGGCCAUUCUCGGCACUGCAGUAGACCAUGGAAUUAGCUACCAAGGCCCCUCGGAUGACGACGAAACUGAGUCGCUAGUCCCGCUUCUGCGCACCGUUCUCAGGACGUACCCAGAAAUCAAUGCCCUUUGCGCGGGUGCCAUUCUAUCAACCUACCAGCGGACCCGUAUCGAAUCUGUCGCGCUACGACUCGGCUUGGUCCCGUUAGCGUACCUAUGGCAGUACCCCGAGCUGCCCCCCCCUCGGGGCUCCGUUCCGAGCUCCGCCGCUUCCCGGGCGGGCGCAGGUACGGACGAUGCGCAGCUGCUCCGUGACAUGGCGGCCGCGGGCCUGGAAGCGCGUGUCGUCAAGGUGGCUAGCGCCGGGCUCGGCGAAGAGUUUCUGUGGGAGAACGUGGCGAGUGAUGCCGGGAUAGCGCACGCUCAGCGCGGUAUGCGGCGCUUCGGCGGAGGCGGCAGGGGCUCGGUGCUCGGCGAGGGCGGCGAGUUCGAGACGCUUGUCGUGGACGGGCCGGCAUCACUAUUCAAGGCACGAAUCGUCGUUGCGGACAGCGCGAAGAAGAUAGUGCGUGAGGGCGGUGGAAGUGCCUGGCUGAGUAUUCGCAGGGCCGUGGUCGAGACGAAGCCGGAUGUCAUGCCGAGCUCGGGUGAUCUAAUUGUCCGCAUCCCCGAAUUGCUCGAUCCGAAAUUCGAAGGCAUCCUUGAAACUCUGCGUAACCAUAGCGAGGAGGCAUCAUCAGCGCCACCGAGCCUUUCCACCUUAAAGCAGCGGCAGGUUACGGAGUCUCGCGGUAGCCUGGACUGGUGCUUCGCCGGGAGCAGCCAGAAUCACGGGGCACGUUUGGGGGGCGUUGGGGAGCAGACAGCACGGAUCGCGGACGAUAUCCGUCAACGACUGCGUGAGCACAGCCUCCCAGAAACCGCCAUCACCAACUCGGUCAUCGUACUGCGGCGCAUGGCAGACUUCCCGACUGUUAACGGGCUCUACGGUGCGCUGUUCCGGGAGCCGAACCCGCCGGCCCGGGUCACUAUCUCGUGUGGAGAUCUACUGCUGCCGCGCGACGCGGAUAUCUCCAUCCACCUUACCGUACAACCCGGCUUGGCGGUAAGACCAGGCGACAGGCGAGGCCUUCAUGUCCAAUCGCGGUCGUAUUGGGCUCCGGCCAAUAUUGGCCCGUACAGCCAAGCCAUCACAUUCCCGCUGCUGUCCCAGGGCGAGGGCAAGGAAGAGGACCCGGCUCUAGCGGUCUCGAUAGCGGGGCAGAUUCCCCUCCUGCCCGCUACCAUGGCCUUGCCGCAGCCGACGAGUGACAGUGACUCACUGCAGAUCGUCCUCGCACUACAGCACCUCUGGCGCAUCGGCGCUGAGACGCGCGUACGCUGGUGGAGCAGCGCCGUGGCGUACUUUCCGCGUUCUCGGUCUCCCACCUCAGAUGACACGAGACACAAGGCACUCCUCGCCGCGUCCGCAUGGAGCGCUGCGAAUGCGGCCCCGUCGGUAGAAGACGAGGAAGAACAGGACGGCCCGGACCCGUGGGAUCGGAAGUAUAACCCGCUGUAUAUGUCGUUCGGGAACGGGGACAACGAUACCGCGACAACGAAGCCGAAACUCCCGGAUUGGGAAGUGGUGAGGAAAGCCGAUAGUGGAGGUGGCAACGGCGAACAGUCGCAGCGGAGCAAGGACGCGUUGCCGUUCGUCUUCGCCGUCGAGGUUGAGGAACUGCCGCGAUCAGCCGGUGUCGAGUGGCACGCCCACCUCGGCUUCGCGAAUAUAGGUCCGGGAUCAACAAUCGCGGCCUUCUACCACGCAGGCUCAGCGGCUUCCUCCCCCGACCCAUCCGACGCGCCCCUCGACCUGGGAGCCGCCACUAACCGUGCGUCGAUAGCGGUGAGGACGUCGUGGGACGAAUUGCUGCUUCUGACACGACCGGGAGCCGCCGAGCCCGCGAAACCGAAGCUGACGUACGUCGACCUCGGCUCGGAGCACGACGGCAGUAGAGGCGGCAGUGGCGUGCUAGGAUCCGAGGCCGGCGGGACAGCGCUUGUGCCUUGCCGGUCGUUGUGGGAUCCUCGCGGACGCCGUCUGGCCAUGGUUUCCGUCUUCGAGGCCAGGUUUGCGGCGGCCCAGGAGGCGGAAUAG